UUCACUUGACUGCAGCUUGACUCGCGAUCCUCGGUGACACAUCUCCUCCUCUCCUCCUCGUCCACCGCCUCCUCCUCCUCCUCCGCCGCUCCGCUUCGCCAUUGUGUGUGGAGCUCCGUGAGUGUUGAGGUCGAGGCAGCCGCCGGGGGAAACGAUGGCGGAGUAGAAACAAACAAACAAACGGACUAACGGCUUGUUUCUCCUCCAUCUUCUUCUUCUCCUUCCUCCUCCUGACCGUCUACCGCUCCCGCUCCUGGCCUCACCGACGACACCCAUGCAGCAGAGGAGACCCUGGAUGGGACUAGCUACAUGUGAUUUAUGUUGGGUAACGGGGUGAAGCGAAAACUGGACGAGGAUGAGGAUGUUUUGGAGGAAGACCGGCGUCCUCUGGCAGCUGGCGGCAUGUCGCAGGCGUCCUACACUCUGCAGCGCCAGACCGUCCUCAACAUGUCCCUCAUGAAGCUGUACGGCCCUCGGAUGGGAACCGACCUCGGCCUGCAGCGCCGAGUCCUCAUCAACAACAUCAUCCGCCGCAUCCACGGCGACUUUAGGCAGGAAGGAGGCAUCGGCGCUCUCUUCUUCUCUGCUGCGCCGCCUGUCGCCGCUGCCGCCGCCGCCCACGAAGACGAAAGCUACCGACAGGCUCCGCCUCCUCCCUCCUCCUUCAGCAUCCUCUCGUCACCGCUGUCGGGACUGACGCCACUGGACUCCUGCCUGACUCCCGCCUCGCUGCUGGAAGAGGACCUGCCCAUGUUCUUCACCCUGCCGCCCUCCUCCUCCAACCAACACCAGCACCUGCUCCCCUCCCCGAGGCCACCGCCUCCGCCCUCGCCAUCACCCAAAGACAGCUUCUCCUCGGCCCUGGAGGAGAUCGAGGAGCUCUGUCCUUCUUCUUCCACUUCCUCCUCCUCCGGCCCGGAGUCGCCGCCUCCUGCUCGUGUUCUGUUUGAUGUUGUCAUGAAGGAGGAGGAGCGUGGCGUUCAGGAGGUGGAGAGCAGGUUGGACAAACCCCCUCCACCUCCUCUUCCUCCUCCUCCCUCUCCGUCCUCCCCGGGCUCCUUCCUCACUGACUUCGCCCUGGACGACGUCCUCUUCACAGACAUUGACACGUCUAUGUACGACCUCGGCCCCUGUCCGCCUCCAUCGGGAGUGCCGCCAUCCAAGAUGGCCCCCGUCGUGACGGCGGACGACCUCGUCCGGUCGAUGUCCGGGUACGGAGUGGCCGGCGCCCAGAACCAGCCUUUUAAAAUAGACCUGGCUGAGCUGGAUCACAUCAUGGAGGUGCUGGUGGGCAGCUGAGAGGACGACCAGACUUUUUAUAACUUUUUGUUAAUUUUGUACAGUUUUAAAGUUACAACGUGCUUCACGCGGGUUCGAUCCCGGAGGAUGAAGCUGCUGCACUUCCAGUUUUAAGAAACCAUUUGGACUCAACGAUCAGCUCUGCAAAGAGCUUUCUAUUCGUCAGUGGUGCCAUUUGACAUGUGACCAGGCCUUUCACGUGUGAGGGACAUGCGACCCAUCAGAUCCCAUUUGGUCACAUUUUAGCUUACAAAGAAUUCCGAAUGUUUAUAAAGUACAGCAGCUUUCAUCACUGAGGUAAAGUGUCGGAGUGAAGAGGACCCGCCGUGUGAAUCGUUUCCUCAUGGAGGUUCCAGUGACCUCCAGGUUCAGUAACACCAGCGUGAAGUCACGUUUUUCUACCGCUGUCCGAGAAAUUGUAAAGAACAAAGAUCUCCAGAGACUUUUCUACCGUCGGUGCAUGUUUCUACAAACGAGAUGAUGAGAAAUCUCAAUAGCAUUUAUUACAAAACAAAACAAUCCAGUGCCUUUUCUAAAAACCUCGAUCACGCAGUCACGUCUUGCUGUUGCUCGUCACGUAGCAAUACCAACUCUAAAGGAAGUUUUAUUCCAAGAUGCAGUUUAAAUACCUAAAAGUCAUCGUUUAAAAUCCAGAGCAACAAAGAAUGUGAACGUACUUUAAAACAGUUAUUUGUUGUUUUAAGUUUUUCUGUAUUCUUUCUUAUUAUCAACCAAUCACACACAAGGAAAUUGGAAAUAUUUGUCAGUGGGAUCAAUUAGUUUUUAAUUUAAUUUAAUUGUUUAAUUGGAUUUGAUAAUAAGAAAAAUAUAUAGAAUGACCAGAUUUUUUAUUUCUUGUUUCAAACUAAAUUUGGCUUUUUGUUUUUCAAACAUCGUUAGCUAAAGAUAUCCGUCACACUUCCUACCCACACGUCGACUUUGUGUUGUUGUUGUUGUUGUUUUACAAUGUGUCACAGUUAGAAACUACUUUAGUCGCACAAAGAGGAGAACAUCUCAUCGGUUGAGUUGAAACUGGAGCUGAAUGUGAAAAUAAUAAUAAUAAUAAUAAUAAUAAUAAUAAUAAUAAUAAUAAUAAUAAUAAUAAUAAUAAUAAUAAUAAAGAACUCAAGUGAGAAUGAAAAGCAAAAUAAAUAUUAAUAUUAUUUUAUUUGACAGAAAAGAACAUUAUUUUUCUACGUUUUUUUAACGUAAUUUUGCGACUUUAAUCUCAGAGAAUUUCUCUUUCUCUUCUUUAUGAUUUUAUAAUCUCACAGAAUAUAAAGUGUCUGUUUGACAUGUGGUUUGUUGGCACUCUUUUAACUCAACCAAUGAAAUGAUUUCUUAUUGAAAUAAUGGUUUUAAGAGUUUAACUACGACCUGGAGUAAAACAAAACUCAUCCGGAACAAUAAAGAAAGUAUUUAUGAUGUGACAAGUGACAUUGCAAUAACGGAGCUUUUUACUGAACAGUGGUGACGAUACAAACGUACGCAGACGUUCCCUUUAGCAGAAACAACUCAUAACACAACAGUGAAUUAUUUAUUAUCUCUCAGCUCUGUGUGUAUUUAUUGUAACUCUGGACACUAAUAUUUGGUUUGUACAGAACAUAAAUAUGUAUUCUUGUUAAAGGAUGAAUCCACCAGAUCUGACUGAGGUCACUUUUGGUGGAAGUCUCUUCUAUGAAAUAUUAUAGUCAUUUAAUAAAUGAUUGGAGGUUUUUUAAUACUAUGUAAUAUAUUUUAGGAUUUCAGCAAUGCAAACGCCCUCAAUUCAACCUAUGCCACAGCGUGUGUGUGUGUGUGUGUGUGUGUGUGUGUGUGUGUGUGUGUGCAUGUGUGUGCAUGUGUGUGUGUGAGAAAGUUAAAUAUAGAUAAACACUGGGCCAGUUUAAAAAAAACUUUAAAUCUAAUCUAAUCCUUCCUUUCCAUAUAAUCUGUAUCUGGAUCAUUAGUUUAUUUAAGGUGUUAGUCAUGUUAUAUGGAUCAGAAUAAUAAAUCAUGGCCUAUAUAAACAUUUAAUCUACAUCCUUUAACCCUUGUGCCUCACUCGCCACAUGUUUCUCUUUUUAAUGUUUAGAUCAUUUUGGCUGUUUUAAAAUGGCACAAAGUCGAACCUCAGCUCUUAUCGUAAGUCUAGAAUAAACCGUAUAGUUAACAUACAUACAUAUAUUAUAUCUUUCAAUCCGAAGCUUUGGCUUCACAAUUGUAAUCUUUACUAUUUAAUUAUAGAUUUUUAAUGUGAGGCACGAAGGUUGAAAGUAAACUGUCGCCACCUGCUGGACAGAUGAUGUAACAGCAGUACGCACUGAGUCCCAGUUACAUGAUGAUUGUUUGGGUCUUUAUAUGUUUUUAUAUUUAUGUAUCUUUAUAGUCCACAGUUUUUAGAGUUGGUACAAGCCAUCAUACUUAUCAUAACAUGUUUUAUACUAUACUAUAAUUUACAAUGACAACUCAUUUAACUUCACAAACAUCUUUAAUCACUUAAUUUAUCUACAUCUCCAAGCUGCUGACUCAACCUGCUGUGAAUCAGUAUGUAGUCCCAGUGCCAUGUUUAUAUAGUGUAUACAUUAAUAAAAUACAAGCAUUACACACUGCUGUUCAUGUAGAAUAAGAUAAAUGGUGCUCUGCGUUUUUAAAUAUCUGAUAUCUGUGCCCCUUAGUUCUGAAUAAAAUAAACUAAAGAUUGGACUAGCCAAACCUAAAUCCCUAUUGUUCUUAGAUUUUAUCCAAUUAUUAUUUUUAAAACUGGCUCCAGGCUGUUUAUCCAGACUCCACUUUGCUGUUUUGUUUGUUUCCAUCCAGAGAAUGAAAGUUAUUUUUCUCAUUAAACCAAAUGUUGUU